GCUGAUCCACGUAAACAAACCUUCCUCCAGCUUGCGAGUUGAAACACUGACCAUUUAUGAACAAAUUUCUCACAAUGUCUAAACGUAUUGGUGCAGUUCUGAUCGAUCUGAGUGGAACAAUCCAUGUGGAGGAUGCUGUUAUCCCAGGUUCCAUUGAAGCGCUGAAAAAGUUAAGAGCAACUGAUGUCAAAGUCAAGUUUGUUACAAACACAACCAAAGAAUCCAAGAGAAAACUACAUGAACGACUAACUAAAAUAGGGUUUGACAUUCACAAAGAUGAAAUAUUCACAUCACUGACUGCUGCCCGUCAGCUGAUAGACAAGAGAAAUUUGCGGCCAUACAUGCUGAUUGCAGACGCAGCCAAAGAGGAAUUUUGUGAUCUUCCCUCUGAAAAUCUCAAUGCAGUUCUGGUCGGUUUGGCUCCAGAGAAGUUUAACUAUGAACAUUUAACAACAGCAUUUAGAUACAUUUUGGAAGGAGCUCCACUAAUAGCUAUACAUAAAGCUCGCUAUUAUAAGCGAAGCGAUGGAUUGGCUUUGGGUCCUGGAGCCUUUGUAGCAGGAUUAGAAUAUUCAACAGGAUGCAAGGCAGAGGCAGUGGGAAAACCAGAAGCGACAUUUUUCAAGAGUGCGCUCGAGGACUUAGGGUGUGAGCCGGCUGAAGCAGUGAUGAUUGGUGAUGAUGCUCGCGAUGAUGUGUGUGGAGCUAUGCAAACCGGCCUCAACGGGAUCCUGGUUAAAACGGGUAAGUAUAGGGCCGGAGAUGAGGACCUCGUCGACCCCAAACCUACUUUUGUGGCGGACGAUUUUGCCCAUGCGAUCAAUUACGUCAUUGAGUCCUUCACAAUGAAGCAAUAGAUUGUGAUUUUCUUCUUUAAUGCCCCUUUUUUUUAUUUUAUUCAGCAAAAAGAAUUGAAGUAAAUUACAUCAUGUUUAUUCCUUAAUAUUUUUUAUAAUUUCUGUAUCUUUUGAUGUUAAUAUUAUAUCAGCAAUUAAUUUAUUGUAUAAGUACAAGUAUGUAUUACCAGAUGCAGGAUAGGAAUUUCAUGAGAAAAUGCAGUCAAAAGAAAAUUUCUGAUUAUUUAGGAACCAUAGAAAAAGAAUAUGCUUGAAAUAUUUAUAGUAGAACCACCAAAUGUAUUCCAGUUAUAAUUUAUCUUCAUAUUGCCUAAUACCAUUCUGACAGUUAGUUUAUUAUUAUUAUUAUUAUUGUAUUCAUAAUAAUGGCAUUAACAUUUUUUGUUUUUUUUGUUACUGUUGCUGAUUUCCUAUUUAUGUUAUCAUGGCUCUAGAGUUUUGUCAUUAUUUCUAAAAAAAGUGAAAUAAAAAAAAUCAUCUGUUGUAUAUAUAAAUGAAGUAUAUAUCAUAUUAAAUGCACAAAUAUAUUGAACAUUACA